AUGGAACUUUCUUUAGAGAAACGAUAUGAAAUUGUCUUUUUACGUAAGCACCCAGCUGGUCCAAAGUUUAGUUUUGGAUUUAUUGCUAAGCAGGUUAAAAGAUAUCAUGAAAAUCGGGACCUAAGUACUUCAGAAAGAUCGGGGCAGCCUUGUAUAAUAUCUACGAAACAAGAUGACAAGAUUAUAAAGAUGGCAGAGAAAGAACGUAAUAUAACAGCCAUUCAAAUACAAGAAAAAAUGGAAGAAAGAGGUGUUAGAAUUAGUGUAGAAACUAUAAGGCGACGUCUUCUGUUUCGUUCUAUUAAACAUCCACCAAAAGUUCAUGUUUGGGAAUGUUUUUCUGCUUCUGGAUUUGGUAAGCUAUUUUGCUUUCAGAGAAAUCAUAAUGCUGAAUUUAUGUGUACUAUUUAUGAGCAGGGUCUUCUGGCUUCCACCUCUAAACUUUUUGGUGAAGCUAGCAUGAAAAGGCGUACAGCCACACUUAUAGAGUCAGAUGCUGGAGUUAGAGGCAGUCAGAUACUUAUGACCGCUACU